AUGGUCGCCGCGGGAGGCGGCUAUACGGCGCUGCUCAGGAGCGACGGCACGGCCGUGGCCUUCGGCGCGAAUCACGGCGGCCAGUGCAACGCGCCGGCGUUGGACGGUGGUCUGAAUUAUAUGCAGGUCGUCGCGGGAAGUGCCUACACGGCGCUGCUUAGGAGUGACGGUACGGCCGUGGCCUUCGGCCGGAAUGGCUUGGGCCAGUGCAACGUGCCGGCGCUGGACGGUGGCCUGAGCUACACGCAGGUCGCCGCGGGAAACUAUCACACGGCGCUGCUCAGGAGCGACGGCACGGCCGUGGCCUUCGGCAGGAAUGACCUCGGCCAGUGCAUUGUGCCGGCGCUGGACGGUGGCCUGAGCUACACGCAGGUCGCUGCGGGAGGCGAACACACGGCGCUGCUCAGGAGCGACGGCACGGCCGUGGCUUUCGGCUUGAAUCGCUCCGGCCAGUGCAACGCGCCGGCGCUGGACGGUGGCCUGAGCUACACGCAGGUCGCCGCGGGAAGUGCCCACACGGCGCUGCUCAGGAGCGACGGCACGGCCGUGGCCUUCGGCGCGAAUGACUUCUGCCAGUGCAGCGUGCCGGCGCUGGACGGUGGCCUGAGCUACACGCAGGUCGCUGCGGGAGGCGAUCACACGGCGCUGCUCAAGAGCGACGGCACGGCCGUGGCCUUCGGCGGGAAUCGCUCCGGCCAGUGCAACGUGCCGGCGCUGGACGGUGGCCUGAGCUACACGCAGGUCGCCGCGGGAGGCGUUCACACGGCGCUGCUCAGGAGCGACGGCACGGCCGUGGCUUUAGGCUUGAAUCUCGCCGGCCAGUGCAACGUGCCGCCGUUGGACAGUGGCCUGACGUACACCGCGCGCCUGCUCGUCGGCGCGACGCUGCUCCUGCAGGCGUCGCUCGACGGUGGCGCGGUGCGCUUCCUGACCCUGGGCGGGGUGGAGCGCUGCCGGGUGCGGGCGGCGCCCGGCGCGCCUCUCGCCGGCGUGCGCGAUUGGCUGGCGGGCGAGCUGGGCGCGGGCAGGCUGGGCCCUGGGCUCGGCCGCGCCGACGCGGCCCUGCCAGGCGGACGGCUCCUGAGCGGGGCCUCGGCGGGCGAGACCGUCGCGGACGCCUUC